UAGUUGCUGUGUGUGUGUGGUUGUAGUGCAGACUGUUUUGGCCAAAAAAAAAAGAAAGAAUAAAACUUCAAGUAAAGAUCAGCUUUUUUAUUUAAUUUUUUCCAUUUGUGGGGGUGGGGGAAAGAGUUGUUUCAUUCGAAUCACGGGGCCUCCCGACUCGAAUGAGCUUUUCGGACUACCGGAAGACCCCGGCUCAGGACAAUGUUGGGAAAGACAUGGUGUCAGUCGUGUCUGGCUAAACAUCAGUAACGGGAAAUAACUGGCUGUCGGCGAGGGGCAGGACUCCGACACAUCCGGUAUAAUAAAGGAUAUCGAGGGAGUUAGUUGUCCGGCGAACAUUUCAUCACCCUCCCCGGCCCCCCUCCCAACUGACUCCGUCCGUCCGUCCGGGCUGGGAAAAUAAUGUUCCGGCGCUGAAGAUGGGAGGCAGCGGCUCCAAAUCGAGGGGGUUCUGGCCUUUUGCCGGGUCCGGGACCGGUCCGGACGCGGCCGGCGGCGGGCACGAGCAGUCCCUGGCCCGGCUGCGAGGCGCCCGGAGCGCGACCCCGUUCGUGUUCACGAGGCGGAGCUCUCUGUACUACGAUGAGGACGGGGAUCUGGCGCACGAGUUCUACGAGGAGACCAUUGUGACGAAGAACGGGCGCAAGAGGGCGAAGCUGAAGAGGAUCCAGAAGAACCUCAUACCUCAGGGAAUUGUGAAGCUGGAUCACCCACGGAUCCACGUGGAUUUUCCGGUGGUUCUCUGCGAGGUGUGAAGGGGCGGCACCUCCUCCGGCACCUCCCGUCCCCUCCGGCCCUUCUUCCU